AGCGUCUUCUGUUUUCAGUGAAUUGGAUAUUAAACAGGUGCUACUGUCAUUUCAGAUCAUUUUAUGGAGGAGUACUGAUUCAAUUUUCUCUGCACAGGGUGGAUCUGUGCAAAUUACUUUGUUUCUCAAAAAAUCUUGUUUAUCUUGGGAUGCAGCCAGGCCUCUAAUGUGGGCGGUGUGUGCUGUCUCACAAACCUCAGGCCCCGAAGCCUGAACUUUGCUUUGUCAGAUCAGAUGAGUGCAUGAUACAGGCAGCUAGCCGCUGGGGGACUGCAGGGCAAAUGUAAGAGUGUUGUCCCUGAGCCAGUGGAGACAGACACUUUGGGCAGAUUUCUUUGAAAUAUGGCAGUCUUGAGGCCAUGAAGAGAGAACAGAAGAGGACAGAUUUCAACAGAAAAACCUUAAGCUUCGUUGGAUUCCCACAUCAAAGAAAAGUUCUAAGCUUUCAGAAAGAUUUCUUGCUUGAAGAUAAAGAGCAACUUACUAACCACAGAAGAGGAGUUGAUACUAAGCUCUUAAUUGUACUUCCUAAAGUUGCAGAAUUAAGAAAAAUCUUUGAGCCAAAGAGAAAAGAAUUUUUAGAAAUGAAAAGAAAAGAAAGAAUUGCCAGGCGCUUGGAAGGAAUUGAAAGUGAUGCCCAACCUAUCCUCUUGCAGAGCUGCACAGGGUUAGUCACUCAUCGCCUGCUGGAAGAAGACACUCCCAGAUACAUGCGAGCCACGGACCCAGCCAGCCCCCACAUUGGUGAGCAAGGCCGAUCAAAUGAAGAGGAAGACACUUCCGAUUCUUCUUUAGAGAAGCAGACUCAGUCCAAGCAUUGCACAGAAACUUCAGGCAUCCAUGGUGACUCAUCCUGUGGUUCAGGUACCAUGGACACCCAGGGGCUUGAAUCCAAGGCUGAAAGGAUUGCGAGGUACAAAGCAGAGAGGAGACGGCAGCUGGCAGAAAAAUAUGGGCUCACUCUGGAUUCUGAAGCUGACUCUGAAUCUCCAGCUCGAUAUGCCAAGUCCAGGAAAGAUCCCGAUGCAGACCUAUGUGGCUGA